AUGAAUGAGUAUGGUUCACGUUUAUUACCACCAGCCAAAGAGGCCAGUACCAGAGCUGCUUGUAAAAAAUGUGGAUAUGCGGGACACCUCACGUACCAGUGUAGAAACUUUUUGAAGAUAGACCCCAACAAGGAGAUCGUUCUUGAUGUGAGUAGCACAAGUACUGAAUCAGAUCAAGACUAUCUGACUCCUCUAACCGAACUGCGCGAAAAGGAACUGAAGGAAAAGUUGAAGAAGAUCAAAAAGAAGAAGAAGAAACACAAAAAUAAGUCGAAGAAAAGGAAGCACAAAUCUUCAGAUGAUUCUAGCGAUGAGGAUACCCGUGAGAGUGAUAGUGACGAUAAAUCAAAGAAGAAGAAACAUAAACACAAAAAAUCAAGAAAGAAGAAGAAAUCUAGACAUUCAUCAAGUUCUGAAUCUGACUGA